UGAUUUCAUGCAAGUGUUUUGGAAGAGUUUGGUUCUGUAGCAAGGAAAGAUAGUUCUCAGUAACAUCGUGCACUACUGUUUCCUUAAAACUUCUGAUCACUGCUUAUCUACUACUGAUACCCCUUUUGCCUAUUUUACUCUCUACGUAAAUCCAACAUGUGCGUGACACUGAUUGUGGCUAGCUAGCGUUUCAGCUAGCCCACGCAAGCUUAGCUAGCUAACGUUGGCUAAAGUUUGCUGUCGUGCUGUCUCAGCUGACUGACAGCCAUCAUGUCCGCCUCCUGAGAAUACCACACAAUGAUGCCGUUAACUCUGGAAGCAUCAGGUCAUGGAGAACACAUUAAGCUUGGCAAAGGGUCGUCCGGACCCUCUUCUGCCGGCAAAUUCAGUGGCACCACGACACAACUCUAUCUCAAGUGCAGAAGGAAAGGCUGUGGGGUUUGUGUUGGUGCACGCAGGGGCAGGGUACCAUUCAGAGUCCAAAGCCAAGGAAUAUAAGCUUGUGUGCAAGAGGGCAUGCCAGAAAGCAGUGGACAGGCUGAAGGCUGGGGCCCUGGCCGUGGAGGCAGUGACUGCAGCUCUCAUUGAACUGGAGGACUCCCCAUUCACUAAUGCUGGAAUGGGCUCCAAUCUAAACCUCCUCGGAGAGAUCGAGUGUGACGCCAGCAUAAUGGACGGCAAGACUUUGCAUUACGGAGCUGUUGGAGCCUUAAGUGGGAUCAAGAACCCGGUGCUGGUGGCGAGGAGGCUGCUGAGUGAAGCACAGAAGGGCAAGCUGUCGGCUGGCAGGAUCCCCCCCUGUUUUUUAGUGGGCAAAGGAGCGCAGCAGUGGGCGGUGAGUCACGGCAUCCCUCCGUGCCCCUCGGAGAAGAUGGCCACCAAGUUCAGUAUGUCUGCCUACAGAAGGAACAAGAGGAAGAUGGAGCUGGCGGAGAAGGUGGAGACAGAGCGCUGUCAAGUGAAGAGAGGACGCCAGUCAAACGACAGUGACCUGGGGUCCUUGGACAAGGUCAAAGCUAUUAUGGCGGAUGGAGAAGAGAACGAGUCGGCGUGUCUCGACACGGUCGGUGUUAUCGUCGUGGACCAGGAGGGCAACGUGGCGGCAGCGGUGUCCAGUGGUGGUCUAGCGAUGAAGCACCCCGGACGAGUCGGACAGGCAGCUCUCUUUGGCUGUGGAUGCUGGGCUCAGAAUUCUUGCAAUGCAAAUCCUUACUCAACAGCUGUGAGUACCUCAGGCUGUGGGGAGCACCUGAUGCGCACCAUGCUGGCCAGGGAGUGCUCGUCGGCCCUGCAGUCGGAGGACGCUCAUCAGGCCCUGCUGGAGGCUAUGCAAAACAAGUUCAUCAGUUCACCCUUCCUGGCGAGUGAGGACUGUGUGUUGGGUGGUGUCAUCGUGCUGCGAUGCUGCCGGUGUGCGGAGACUUCGUCGGACAUCCAAGCUCUGCUGGUGGAGUUCUUGUGGAGUCAUACUACGGAGAGCAUGUGUGUCGGCUACAUGUCGGCGCAGGAUACCAAAGCCAAGACUCACAUAUCUAGGUUGCCCCCUGGAGCAGUCGCCGGACAGUCUUUGGCCAUUGAGGGAGGAGUGUGUCGCCUUGGCAGAACGAGUGACUAACACACACACACACACACACACACACACACACGCUAGGCCCAGUGGAAGCUGCUCAGAUAUUAGUCUAUAAAAACAACAUGAAGACCACCCACACAUUUACACAUUUCUCUCUCUCCCUCACACACACACACACACACACACACACACACACACACACACACACACACACACACUCACACGCACAAGACAAACACAGACCCAAUUAAAUAGUGCUUCCUUAGUGAUAUGAUAUUGGGUUUGUCCCUUAACUUGCCCGGGCCAGUAGUACUAAUAAACUGUGGCUGCCGAGCACUUUGCCUGAUGGACAGGCAGACAGACGGGUGUGGACAGACAUGAGCUGUGGCACACACACACAGACACACACACACACACAAACACACACACACACACACACACACAUACACACACACACACGCACUGGCAUUUCUCUGGCGCGACCGCUGAUUGGCUCUCGUCUCCACAGCCUGACGUCUUGCCUGUGGUCUUACCUGCCCUCAACGUGCCACGGCUUCCACCUCAAAUCUUCCAGCUGCAACAUGCACCGUCCUUGUCCUUGUGUAUAUAUAUAAGCUGGGGUGGAGGGAAACAGGGUGAACAUCGACUUUUAGCUCAUCUCUUGAUUGUUCUUCUGUUUUGUUUUUGUUGGUUUGUUUGUGUGUUUGUUUUACUACUAUUGCUUGAUAUUUUACUUUUUUGACAGUUUUGAGAGAGUGCAAAGCAAAGCUGUCCAGAAUAUGCGCAUUAUGUGCCACAUUUUAAGGAUCGAAAAUGUCACGUGAACAGUGUGAGAAGUUGAUUUUUUGAGUGUUUUUAUGACAGAAGAUGUCCUGAAAGGACAUUUUGAGGAAGGCUGUCACCAGUUAGUUGAGAUUUAGUUAAGACAUUCAUGACGUUAGCAAGACAUAAGAAAUAUGUUUCAUUCUAGACGGACCUGAACACACCUCUUCUGGCACACUGACACAGAUUUGCACUCGUGGUGGUUGCUCCCCUCAGUCACGUUUGAGAUGCUAGUGACCGAGUUAGCCAAAAGAGGAAUAAACGUAGGGAAAAAGUAGUAGACGCAUUGGAAAGAAUAUGCACUUUUCGUCCUAUCUAAAGCUAUUAGAGAGCUCUGCUCUGGUUCUCAUGCACGACUCCUGUUCAUAAGUACUGUAAGGUGUGCAAGGGUAUGGAGAGGAUCGCGUGGUGGCACCGUAAACAGCUCGGGUGGCGCUACACGACCGUUCCUAAUAUAUAGACUAUUUGAUCAAGACUGUUAGUCGCUCAUUUUGAAAAUGCAGUAAAUAUAUAUCUAUAUAUAUAUUUGUACUUGCUUCCUCAGAGGUCUGUAUUUUGUAGUGAAGAUAGGAAAUGGGAAAAAAAAAGCUACAGUGUAUUUAUUAGUGGCGCUCAUUUGGUUGAAUCAGGGAAGGUCAUUUGGUAAUGUGAAUAGGGGUGAGGCUCGAUGGCUGCUCUCCUUCCUCCCAGGGUAGUUGGCUUUGACACAGUCGAGGAAGGACUGCUACAGUACCCCUGUGUUGCAUCCCUCUGCAGACUCUCCAGCCGUACAAGGUGUUGAAUGGAUAACGGAUGGCAAUUUAAUGCUCAGAAUGUUAUGCCGCUCCAUGUGACAUUACUUGAAAAUUGCUUUUGGUAUGAAAUGUCUCCAAGACAUUCCUAUCAACAUUUUGUGCUAACCUCUUAACUGCAAUGCUCAAUAAAUAUCAAAUAUGUG